GUCGGAUGGAAUUGAGAAACUUGGUGGCGGAUAUGUUGGUGAAGGACGCUGUCCCUGUUCGUAGUAAGUUUAUUUCGGAGAACUGUGCCAACUCGGUGUUACUGAUUGAUGAGGUGGAUGUAUUUUUCACCAAAGAGUUCUACGGCGGUGCUUAUCAACCUGCACUUCUAAUAAUGUUACCAGGGUUGGACAAAAUUCAAGAGAAAAUUUGGAGUCUUCUAAUUGAAAAUCCCUCACUAACAUCCGAGUCAAUUGAGCGAAGUAUUUAUGAUUUCAUCGAUUCAUCCGAUAUGCAUGAACGUCAAGAUUUCCUUGAUUUCUUCACUAGGGAGAAAUCAUACGAUCUACUGAUCUAUGAAGACAAAGAUAUUAUAAGAAAAAUUAAAACCAGGCCAUUGGGUUAUUGGAGGAAUUACAAACUCAGCGAUAGAGGAACAAUUCUGUGUAAAGACAGAGAGGAAUACACAAAUGACGUCUUAUGUAGUUAUUACAUGAUAUUCAAUUAUUUCCGUUUACGUAAGUGGAAUUAUUCCGUUAGAGUAGCCUCGGAAAUUAACUACGGCUACCUUAAUCUGGGCUGCGGCUCAAUUUCCUACGCAAUGCUGCCGAAAAGAUAUCCUCUUAUACUGGGAGUUACUGGCACGCUGACCUCGCUUAAUCAACACGAAAAGACUUCCAUCAGGAACUUGUACAGUAUUCACGAAUUAUCCGCAAUGCCAAGCUUUUUCGGCUGUUCCAAUCUUCAAUUCAACCCGGAGACCGAUUAUCAACAGCUGGCGAACAGAUCGAAAUGGAUGAAUGCAAUUUUUAGUCGAGCAAACGCGAUACUAGGUGCCAAACGAUCAAUUCUGGUGUUUUUCGAGAACGACUUCCAGUUGAACCAAUUCUAUACGGAAUACUCCGGUCAAUUCGAUCGAUUGCAUAUUCUGACGGAGAACACUGACCAAAAUCAGAUGCAGCAGUUCAUUGACGAAGCAGGUGUCGCUAAAACCAUCACACUGGCAACUCGUGGCAUGGGACGAGGCGUAGACUACAAGUCCAGCGUUUCCAUCGAAAAGCACGGAGGGUUGCACGUGAUUCAAACGUUCUUCUCGCUGGAUAUAAAAGAGGAAAUUCAGAUAAAAGGCCGCACGGCCCGUAAGGACAACCGAGGAAGUUACGAAUUGAUAGUACGUAAGGCUGAUCUGGAGAGGGUUGGUUUACCCUGCGAUGUUUCCUAUUGUCAACUCGAUGAGGCCAGGCUAGAAAUGGCUUUGAAAGAGAAUAAGCAAAUUUUGAAGGACAUCGUCAGUGAAACUGAAAAUCACGAAGCAACGAUGCGGUACAUGGCCAGUUUCUUUGAAGCCUGAGGCUAACUUGUUGGAUUAUGUGUUUAUUGUUUGUUAUUUGCAAUGUGAUCAAUUAACAUAGUAAGGAUGUUACAAAUUAAAAAAAAUGUCAUCCCAAUGUCAA